AUCCUUCCAGAAGGCCCAAUGGAGCAGGAUGUGGAGAGCCCCAUCACGGUCAGACAGCCCCGGCUGCCCAAGCAGGCCCGAGAUGACAUCCCCAAGCAGCUUCAGGACCCUGACAGAGCCAAGCGCAAGAUCCAGCGCUACGUCCGAAAGGACGGCAAGUGCAACGUGCACCACGGCAACGUCCGGGAGACCUACCGAUACCUUACGGACAUCUUCACCACUCUGGUGGACCUGAAGUGGAGGUUCAACCUCUUCAUUUUUGUGCUGGUUUACACGGUGACGUGGCUGUUCUUCGGCCUCAUGUGGUGGCUGAUCGCAUACGCGCGGGGGGACCUAGACCACAUAGGGGACGAGAAGUGGACGCCGUGCGUCAACAACCUGGAGGGCUUCGUUUCUGCGUUUUUGUUUUCCAUAGAGACCGAGACCACAAUCGGCUAUGGCUACAGAGUGAUCACAGACAAGUGUCCAGAGGGCAUUGUGCUCCUGCUGGUGCAGUCGGUGCUGGGCUCCAUCGUGAAUGCCUUCAUGGUGGGCUGCAUGUUCGUAAAGAUCUCGCAGCCCAAGAAACGAGCAGAGACGCUGAUGUUCUCCACCAAUGCAGUGAUCUCCAUGCGUGACGGGCGCCUGUGCCUGAUGUUCCGUGUGGGGGACCUGAGGAACUCGCACAUCGUGGAGGCCUCCAUUCGAGCCAAAUUGAUCAAGUCCAAACAGACCAAGGAGGGGGAGUUCAUCCCCCUCAACCAAACGGACAUGAAUGUGGGUUACGACACGGGCGACGACCGCCUCUUCCUGGUGUCCCCACUCAUCAUCUGCCACGAGAUCAACCAGCACAGCCCUUUCUGGGAGAUCUCCAAAGCCAGCCUGGCUAAGGAGGAGCUGGAGAUUGUGGUGAUUCUGGAAGGCAUGGUGGAGGCCACAGGGAUGACGUGCCAGGCGCGCAGUUCAUACGUGGCCGGCGAGAUCAAGUGGGGCUACCGCUUCACGCCCGUGCUGACGCUGGAGGACGGCUUCUAUGAGGUCGACUACAACAGCUUCCACGAAAUCUACGAGACCAACACGCCGAGCUGCAGCGCGCGUGAGCUGGCUGAGAUGAGCGCUCGCGCCCGCCUGCCGCUCACCUGGAGCGUGGCCAGCAGACUGAGCCAGCAGGGCCUGUUGGACUCGCGUGAUGAGGAGCAGGAGAAGGAGAAGAGCGGAGAGGGCCAGGAGCAAGCCGAGCGCAACGGGGACAUCGCCAACAUGGAGAACGAGUCCAAAGUGUAGAGCGGAGGAGCACAUGGGCCAAGCAGAGGGCCACUCCUUACUCUCUCUCCAACACUCUCUCUUAAUCCAACACACACUCAGCCUC